GUCUCGACGAGAGUCGCAAGGCAGCCGACGCGGUGUGAGCCUAACCUCCAGGUACCAGCCUUGGCUACAACUUUUAAUCAUCAGAAGAAACCUUGUUUAAACCCACACAGGGUUUCACUAGUCUUGGAUUUGGGUGGAUUCAGAUUGGAAAUAACAAAAAAGACUUUGGAAACUUGUCUAUCUCUGGCUAAUAGAAGGAGAAGAAGAGAAUGAGGAGACAGCUGCGUUUUGUCUCUCUCUCACUUUGAACUUUACUUGGAGUUGGAUCUUUCUCUUUUGGCGGUCUUGGCAGAGCCUUAAAAAUAAGGUGUAUCUCUUUAAGUGAAGGAAACUCGCUGGGAGCAGCUGCUGGAGAACUGCUAGCAUCCAACUCAGCUGAUGACGAUCUGUUGAAAAGCCUAAAGAGGCUUUCUAUUUCGCUGUGGGCAUUUGGCUAAUUACAGGCAGGUGUAGUUUUUUCUUUUGUUAUUACAAUUGAUCACUGCCUUGAAAUAACACCCUGAGGAAAGUCACGGUUAGAUCUGCUAUUGAUAGAAUAUAAAUACAGACAAGUAGUUAAAAAAAGAAAGUGAGGUGCCCUUGAAUUUGAGUUGAUUCUGGACUAUAUUUCUGGCUCUGGCUUAAAAUUCUUUGUUACAUCAGAAGUAAGAUAUAAAUAAUAUCAAAUGGAGACAAGGCAAACAAAAACUAGAAAGGAUAAUAUGAGUUGGACACAUUCAGGAAAUAGAAGAGAUUCUACAGACCUGCCAAAUAAACAACAGGAUUUAACUGUAAUAAUACUAGAGGAACUACGGGAGUUCAAAAAGUCUUUUAAGGCGGAAAUAAGGGAUGAACAGAAAAGCCUAAGGGAAGAAAUAAGAUUGGACUUACAGACAGAAAUACAUGGCAUAGGGAAGAAAAUUGACAGCCUGAACAAGGAAUUUAAGGAAAUUAAGGAGGAAGUUUAUUUGAAUAUAAGAAAGACGGAGGAAUUGGAAAAUAAGAUCGAAGAGAUAGUGAAAAUACAAAAUAAAGAAGAAAGAGCUCUAUGGGCACAGGAAAAGAAACAACGAGAUAGAGCAAUUAAAAUAAGAGGCCUCCCUGAAACAGAAGGAGAAAAUUUGGAGACAAAAAUAAUUCCAGCCCUAGCCAAUUUUCUGGACUCCCCGGAAGAUCUGAUCAAUGUUCAAAUUGAUAAGUUGUUUAGAAUAUUUUCCAAAGUAGCCCAAGAAAAAGGACUGCCGCGUGACAUAGCGGUAAGUUUUAAUAACUCGAGGAUCAGGGAGAGAAUUAUUCAAAAAAACUUUAAGGAAGGCUUGACUAUUGAUAAUGUGGAAGUGGAAAUUUAUAGAGACUUGCCCUUAUCUAUAUUGAAACAAAGACAACAAUAUAGGUUCCUUACCGCGCUACUACAAAGGAAGAAUAUUAGUUAUAGAUGGGGAAAUAUAGAAGGCGUGGUCUUUAUGUUUAAAGAAAGAAGAUUUAAAAUCAACUCACUGGAGAAAGCAAAGGAAUUCUAUAAGAGAUUGCUACAGAGUGAAGAAAAGGAAAAAGGGGAAACUCGAAACUCCCCUUCGAGUGAGACAAGAGAAACUUCUACAUUUGGAGAAAGGAGAGCUUCACUAGAAGGAGGAAGCAAAGUGGCUACAGAGACUCGGAGUGAAGAUAAUUUACCAACGGAUAAAGAUCUAUUGUUGGGGACGUUGGAAAUUGAAUAAGAAGAUUUGGACAAAGCUGAACUAACCUGUUAUAGCUAACCAUAUCUCCAGGAAGAAACAAGCUUUGAAAUGGUGCAAAGUGAGAAGAAUACAAGGCUAAAGGGAAAAACGAGAAAGCUAAGAGUAGCAGCCAGAGGGACCAUUAUGUACUAUAAA